AUGAUGGCCACAGGGUCGCGUGACGCCUCAGUUCGUGAGGCCAAACUCUUUGUCAAGGAAGUCGUUCGCAAUGACUGGGAUUUUGAGACUGGUGUCCCAUCCCCAUCCUCAGCCAGCGGCACUCUUUGUCACAACCGCGAAGUGUGCGAAUGGCGAGUCCGAGAAUUCGACAUGCCGACCUCAGAGCUCGAGCCACCAAACUCAGACAGCGAGGAUGAUUAUCACACGUCGGCAGUAAUGACACCCCCUUCUGGAGAUGCGGGCAUCGAGCGCCGUCGCAAACGCCGUCGCCAGCAGGACGAUGAAAUGGCUUGGAACGAAGGACUUCGCUUGUGGAUGGCCAGGCGCGAUGCGUGGUGUGGCGCGAAGACCCGGCGACAGAUUCGGGCGGAGAAUGAAAAGCGUGCGAUCGGUGAACAGAUGGACACAACCGCCCAGCUCAAUGGCACGGAAUCGGAAGACAGUGGCGUGAUAUCGCCUGGAACAUCCUUGUCUGGAACUGCAUCUGGUCGACGCAGUGAUGGCACUGGUGCCUCCGACUUGGCUGUUCAGACUGAGACAUCCCUCUCUAUCGCCGACCGGGGGAAGAGUGAGAGCCUCCAGCACCGAGCGGACAUGACUUCGGGACAGCAGGCCGACCAAGAGGAAUCGCUAUCUACCGCACCAGAGGAGGAAGCGAAACGGAAGGCUUCGUCGGAAACCAACAUCACAGAGCCGAAUCGCAAAUCAGCCGCAGUCGAUCCUACGCGACUUACAACUCUCUCGGCAGUGGAGGACCAAACAGAAGAGGAGAAGGAAGAAGAUGAGCUUGAUGAGCCACUCAUCCCCGUUGCUCCCCCUUCAUUUCGAAUGACAACCCGGUUCGUUGUUGUGCAAGGGAUGACACCCACCGUACCCGUCAACCUCGCCCAUUUGACCAAGGCCAUGGUCCAGGGCUGGAAAGCAGACGGACAGUGGCCGCCAAAGCCAGCUGUGACGUCGAUCGUUCUUGCUGACGAUGCCUCUGUGCCCAAGAAGCCCGAGCCCUCCGAGGAGGCACCACCACAGGGUAGGAGGAAGAACAGCAUCACCAAUGCUGUGAAGAAAGUCUUCCAAUUCGGAGCACACUCGUUCCACCGCCGUGCCUCUGGCAGUCAGGAUACUGGACACGGAGCCGGUGCUCCUGGUUCGACGGCUUAG